AUCAUAAUUAAUGUUUUCAAAAACAUUAAGAAACUUUUCUAAAAUCACCUAUAAAUGUUCCUAAUAAUCAAAAGAUAUUUGGUCUGAUGCAGAACUAUUAUAUCAUCCAAAAAAUCCAUUAACUUUUUAGAAUGUAAAUAUAUUUUUGAUUAUUAUUUAGGGAAGAUGUUCUCUUUACUAAAGUCAAAUUUUUAGCAGAUUUAGAAAUUAUUAUAUUUUAAUAUCUGCUAUUGGAGGUUAUCUCACUUAUUUUACUGCAAAAAAAUUAUAUAAUUAUUAAGAUAGAGGAUAUAUUGGAAUUCUUUUCUAUUUUGGGUUAUUGGGCAUAACUAUUCGUUCAAUGAAAUCUGUUACAAGUCAAUAUUAAAAACUUUUAAUGUAUGUUACAAUAAUUAAUGAAUAGAUCAAUAGAUUUAUUGCCUUGCGGUAGAAAAGUUUUAAUCUAACACCCUAACAUUUAUGGAUUAUGUACUUUUAAAGAAAUUGAUAUUGCAACUAUUUCAAGACCAAAAGAUGCUUAUUAAAAAAGCAUUUAGAAAAUGGAACACGUGUUUCCUGUAAUAAUGGAUACAUAACUACUGUAUCUCCAUAGAGAUCCUGAUUUUAUUGUGAAUAAAGAAAUAUUGCCUGCAGUAAUGAAUGCAAAAUAUAUCAAAGUUGAUUGA